AUGGUUUUAGCAUUAGACCUGGACUUAUCAGCUGAUGAUGAUAAUGCUGUUCCACUCACUGGCGAGGAGGUAGAGGGACCUCUGGACAGUGAGCAAGAAGAGAUGGGAGUCAAGGAUGACAAGGGAGAGAGCAACUUGAACCUUGAGUUUCAGAGGUCCCCCGAAUCAUCACCCAGAUGUUCUACCCUAAAUCAUGAGAGACACCUAUCCUCCAGCUACCCUGUCCAGAGUACCAGUUGGCCACUUCCCUCAAUCCCUGUUCCCGGGUCCCACAGCUCCUCAUCUUCUCCUCUUCACCAGCUGCCUGCCAACUCUCAGCAUGUGUCCAUUAUUACUUCCACUGAUGAGCGUCAUCUUUCACCUACAGGGAGACCAGGAAAGGAUGCCCCAGAGGGAGGGAAAAUGCUCUCACAAAAAACUGUGGAAGAGGAUCAGUGA